GAGCCACUGACGACCCUUGAGAAUUCAGAUCAGAUGCCCCAACGACGUCGCUUGCGGCUUCGUUCUGUUCUCUCUCGCCUCUGUUCUGAGCGAGCAGUUCUGAAACCUGAAACCCUGAAAUGGGUUACCUGAGUAGAGCUUCGAAGAGGCUAGGACAAGCUAGGUACUUGUCCCUGUGGUUUAAUUCCUCACCAUUGUCGACCAUUUAUGGAGGCAAAUCAUUGGACUUAGAAAGUAGACUAAUCUGUCGUCGCCUUGCUCUGAGCCGCGCAUUGUUCUGUUCUCAACCGCGCCAAAACAGCAAAGAAAACAGUCGCAUAGAUUUGACUCAAUACCCCCCAGAGCUAAUUAGGAACUUCUCUAUAAUUGCACAUAUAGAUCAUGGCAAGUCCACUCUUGCUGAUCGGCUGCUCGAGCUUACAGGGACUAUCAAGAAGGGACAUGGUCAGCCUCAGUAUCUUGACAAGUUGCAGGUAGAAAGAGAAAGGGGUAUCACAGUUAAAGCCCAGACAGCAACAAUGUUCUACAAGCACAGCACUCAGGAAGCCACAUGUAGUGACGACCAAGGUCCAGCUAACUUUCUGCUAAAUCUUAUUGAUACUCCCGGGCACGUAGACUUCAGUUAUGAAGUGUCGAGGUCACUGGCUGCUUGUCAGGGUGUUCUUUUAGUUGUUGAUGCUGCUCAAGGAGUGCAAGCGCAAACUGUUGCUAAUUUUUAUCUUGCUUUUGAAUCCAACCUAACAAUUAUUCCUGUCAUAAACAAAAUAGAUCAGCCGACUGCUGAUCCUGAUGGUGUUAAAGCGCAACUAAAAUCAAUGUUUGAUCUUGACCCGAGUGACGCACUUUUAACAUCUGCUAAAACAGGACAGGGUCUUGAGCAAGUCCUUCCUGCUGUCAUAGAGCGCAUGCCUCCACCUCCUGGGAAGAGUGGUUCUCCCCUGCGCAUGCUUUUGCUCGAUUCUUAUUAUGAUGAAUACAAAGGGGUAAUAUGCCAUGUUGCCGUUGUUGAUGGUGCCCUGCGCAAGGGGGAUAAAAUUUCAUCUGCUGCAACUGGACAGGCUUAUGAAGCUUUGGAUGUAGGCAUCAUGCAUCCUGAACUCAAAUCUACUGGAAUCCUGCUUACUGGACAAGUUGGUUAUGUUGUUAGUGGCAUGCGUUCAACCAAAGAUGCGCGCGUUGGAGAUACACUUUUCCAUACUCGAAGCACCAUAGAGCCUCUUCCAGGCUUUAAGCCAGCAAAACAUAUGGUAUUCUCUGGUCUUUAUCCGGCGGAUGGAUCUGAUUUUGAAGCCCUCAAUCAUGCAAUAGAGAGACUAACAUGUAACGAUGCUAGCGUCUCUAUUACCAAAGAAAGUAGCACAGCCCUAGGUCUGGGAUUCAGCAGGUGUGGUUUCUUAGGCUUGCUACACAUGGAUGUUUUUCAUCAGCGGCUUGAACAGGAGUACGGAGCUCAUGUUAUCUCAACCGUUCCAACUGUACCAUAUAUAUUUGAGUAUUCGGAUGGAAGCAAAUUGCAAGUUGAGAAUCCUGCUGCGUUACCCUCUAAUCCCAAGCAACGAGUGACAGCAUGCUGGGAACCAACAGUGAUAGCUACAAUUAUUAUUCCUAGUCAGUAUGUGGGGUCUGUUAUUACCCUUUGCUCUGAGAGAAGAGGCCAGCAAUUGGAGUACUCAUUCAUUGACAGUCAAAGGGCAUUCAUGAAGUAUCGCUUGCCUUUGAGGGAAAUUGUUGUUGACUUUUACAAUGAAUUAAAAAGUCUAACAUCAGGCUAUGCUUCAUUUGAUUAUGAGGAUGCGGAUUAUCAGCAAUCUGAUUUGGUGAAACUUGACAUUCUCUUGAAUGGACAACCCGUUGAUGCAAUGGCAACCAUUGUUCAUAAGUUGAAAGCAUAUAGAGUAGGGCGUGAACUGGUGGAGAAGUUGAAGAAAGUUAUAGACAGACAAAUGUUUGAGAUAACCAUACAAGCUGCUAUUGGGUCAAAAGUUAUAGCAAGGGAGACGAUUUCAGCAAUGAGGAAAAAUGUCCUUGCCAAAUGUUAUGGCGGUGAUGUUACUCGGAAAAGGAAGCUAUUGGAGAAACAAAAAGAAGGAAAGAAGAGAAUGAAACGAGUUGGUUCUGUUGAUAUACCGCAAGAGGCAUUCCAUGAAUUAUUGAAAGUUUCAUAACAGCCAUGUCAGAAACCGAUAGCAUGUUAGAAAUUGUAGGUUUGGGAUUUCAAUGCCCUGACAUAACUCUACGACAAUACAAAGGACAGGGGGCUGCGUAAAAGAAUAAAAAAAACAGUGAAAGCAGUAAGCUCGUUGCAAGGGAGGCGCCUAAGUAGCUGUUUAAUAUUUGUUGAUAAUGUUUCUAAAUUUCUUUAUUAUAUUUGAACUGGUGUUAAUUUGUGUAUUGUUUAUUUAUGGGAUCUGGAUAUCAAAGACUGAUUUCUUUCCGGAAGUGAUAGGGUUAGGAGACAGAGAAUUGUUGUCUUAUAGUUCAUUGUUGCGGCAAUCUGUUGUACAUAAUACAGGUGCUCAUGAGGGCCACUCAGCUUGAUAUGUAGUGACAAUUUUGAAAGAAAAAUCCCUUAAUAAAUAUGACAUUCUUUUUCCUAA